GGCUCAUUUGCCUCGCCGCAGAGCAGCUCUCGAUGGCUUGAUGCCACACGUGCCGCGGCGAUACGCGCUUUAGAGAUCGAUUUAUGAGCGCACGCGUAAACAACACUCUCAUCGCACGCUAAAAACCGCCGCGACUUAGCCAUGCUCCGCAGCGCGCUCAGAGCCUCAGCGGCCACGCUGGGCCUCGCGAUUUUUGUCGACGUUCCCUCGAAGAACCAACCUCACGCCCUCAAACUGAAGCGGGCGGACGCGGCCGGCGCGACGUACCGCGGCGUCGCCGCGAACGCGACGCAGAGCUCGCUGCGCAACUUCCAGCUCUCGCUCGACGCGGUCUUCGCGCCCUGCGACGAGGCGACGUUCGCGGCUCUGAAGGGCGCCUACGGCGGCUGGUCGGCGUCGCGGUCCGCCGUGGCGUGGGAGGCGGGCCGCGAGUUCCGCCUGUCGGACCUGCUGCCGCCGCUCGCCCAGGCCCUGUGCGGGCGCCGGUUCACGCCGACGACGAGCGGGGAUGUCCUCUGCAACGCAAACUGCUGGGGCUUCGCAUAUUCCGUCCUCGAGGCGGCGGCGGCACCUAGUGAUUCCGUUACGGUCUCGGCGGGCGCGCACGGGGACGCCUGGGCCGCGCUCGUCGCCGUGACGGACCGCGUGCAGUCCACCCUCGAACAGGGCCACGAUUUGCUCGGUGAACAACGUAACGCGGCCCUCGCGCCGGGCGACGUCCUGAUGCUCUGGCACCAGAACACGGGCGAGGAGCGCUACCUCGACCACGUCGCGAUCCUCGUCGACGACGUCCGCGCCCGGCGUCGCGUCGUGCCUUCGUCGCGUCGAGAGAAUCGCGCCGACAGAGCGACGGAGUGUGACCCUCGCGCCGACGCAGGACCUCUACCUGGAAAAGGCGGGCUCGGGCGCCGAGACGCCGUUCCGCCUCAUCGACUGGGACGGACUCGUCGCGUCGUGGCCGCCCGCGGUCUUCGAGUGGGACUGGCGCCGCAGAAAGCAGGGCAUCGCCGUGCCGCCGGCGCGCGAGGCCUUCGGCUCCAGGUUGGCACCGAAGGGCGCGCGCGCGGAGGCGCUGGCCGUCGCGCCCUACGCGGGCACGGAGCAGCUCUCGUGGGUCAAGACCCUCGAUGAGCCCCUGACGAUGGACCGCGGGCGCGCGGCGCUGCCGCCGGCCGCGUUCGAGGCGGCCGCGUUCGCCGUCGUCGACGGCGCGGACCCGAGCAGAGAGCCGACGAAGGCCGAGGUGCGGGAGGCGAAGUGGACUCCCUUGUCCGUCGACGGCCCUGUGCCGCUCGGGCGCGUGCCGGCGGCCGCGUGCGUCUUCGGCGGCGGGCUCUACAUAUUCGGCGGCGAAACGGAUGACACAAGGCCCUGGGUGCCGAUUCCGAACCGAUACCUGAACGACGUCUGGCGCCUGGACCUCCGGUCGGGCCGCUGGGAGGAGCUGUCGCCGGACGGCGCCGAGGACGCGCCCGACCCGCGCGUCUGCGCCGCGGCCGUCGCGUCUGAAUCUGUGUGGAAAUCAACCAGUGAGUUAGGCUAUCCUGAGAAAUAUUGCGGAGACUUUCGUGAACCUCCACGCCAGACGUCGGGUCUGAAAUUUGAUUUCCACACAGGUCCGACGCCGGCGAGAUUGUGAUGUACGGAGGCCUCGUGCGCAGGGGCGGCGACCACGUGACGGUCGACGACAUGUGGACCUUCUCGCCGGCGACGCGGCGGUGGACGCGGCGCGAGGCGACCGGCGGCCCGGGCCCGCUCACGGGCCACGCGGCGUGUCGCCUGCGGGGCGACCGCGCGUUGGUCUUCGGCGGCGCGCGCCCCGAGGCCGAGCACUCGAACGAGACUUGGGUCCUGGACCUGAAGACGUGCGUGUGGACGCGCCGUUCAACAGGCCCGGCGGCGCGGGACUUCCACCUCUUGCUGCCCGCGCGCGAGGGUGUUUUGAUGUGGGGGGGCGUCGACGACGGCGCGUGGCGCUACUGCGUGGAGACGGACGCGUGGACGAAAGCCGCGGACCUGCCCUACCUGUCCGGCCGCGCGGGCGUUGUGUUAAAAGACGGCACCGUCGUCGCGUUCGGCGGCAUGGACGUCGCCCAGGGCGUCGCGGCCUACGGCUCGGACGUGCUCGUGCGCCGCGGCGCCGCCUUCGGCGCCGUCGACGCCGAAGCCGCGCCGCCGGGCCGCUGCUUCCCGGCGCUCGCCGCGGCGCCCGACGGGUCCGUAUAUAUGUUCGGCGGGUACCGGCGCGUCGACGGCGAGCCCCAGGAGCGCCUCGGCGACGUCUGGCGGCUCGAGCUCCGGCCGGCGCCGCCGCGGACGACGACGCCGCCCUAUGACUAGUUUGUAAUUUGUUCCCUGUGA